AAUGAUCGUAUAUUAGAAUUGUUUAUCCGUAACGCUAAGAUGGACAUACCGCGUCCUAUCUGGAGGUAUUUAGACGAGGCUGGAUUUGGUUAUAUAGCCAAAAUUGGAGGAGGUUGUAAACUUGAACCUAUCCUUAUUUCUGCACUAAUUGAGAGGUGGAGACCAGAGACACACACAUUCCAUCUUCCGUGUGGGGAGUGCACCAUUACGCUGGAAGAUGUUUCUAUGCAUUUGGGGCUUCCGGUAGACGGAAAUGUUAUUUGUGGUGUGGCAGAUGGUGAUUGGCAUUCGUUGUGCGAGGAAUAUCUUGGAGGUAUUCCGCCUGAGUUCAACGGUGGUCGAAUACCGUUAGCAUGGCUGCAAUCAAAUUUUCAACAGUUGAAUGAAAACUGUUCUGAGGAUGAGGCUAAAGCAUUUGCACGAGCGUACAUAUUACGAGUCAUAGGAGGGAUCUUGAUGCCCGACAAAUCUCGCAACAAAGUUCAUUGUAUGUGGUUGCGUCACCUUACUGAUUUUCGAGUAGCCGGCACAUUGAGUUGGGGUUCCGCAGUUUUGGCAUUUUUGUUUAAAGAAAUGUGUCGGGCAACAGAUUAUCAAAAAACUGCUAUUGGUGGUUGUCUCCUUCUUCUCCAAUCAUGGGCGUGGUAUCGCAUGCCUUUUUUAUGUCCGGUUGUGAAUGAACCGUUUGUCUUCCCGUUGUUGUUAAGAUGGUCAUCAACAAGGAAAAAUCAUCGAGCUAUACCUGAUGAAUUGGAAGAAAUUCGCUUACUCAUUGACCAAAAAAUUGGUACAGAGUUUCAAUGGACCCCUUAUGCGACGAAUGAAAUAAGGGUUUGUCUCCCACCUAACUUGAGUGGACAAUUAGAUGUAUGGAUGACGGUUGUGCCUCUUAUAUGUUAUGCUAUUGUCGAGUGGCAUCCGAUUGAUCGUGUGCUUCGUCAAUUUGGUUGCGUACAAUAUAUUCCUAGAGCGCCUAUAAACCUCGACAAUAUGCAUAACAUUGAUAGGCGGGGCAAAAAAGAUGUCAACUGGGUGAUGAAGCACAAAGAGUGGAUAAUGAUGUGGGAGGAUCGACAUCAACGCAUUCCCCCUCGGCAGUACAUACAUGAAACUGGUUAUUCAGUUACGGACGACUAUAUUUCGUGGUUCAAUAUGAACGGAAAGCCGUUCUUACUUUCCGAAGAAGCACGAGGCGGGAGAAUUCAUCAGCGUCGAGAAAAACGUCCACCAUCACAACAUCAUCGUCCCUCGACUCGUGGACAAAGAGCAAACACUUCCGGCUCAUCCUCAGCUGCAGCACCGAGACCAUCACAACAUCCACCAUCACUACCGGGUUAUAUUCCUAGCCCGCCAAUAUACAUGACUACACCGCCGGUUCAGAUACCACUGCAUCACCCGCAAAUGCCACCACAGUCGAUUCAGAUGCCACAACUGCCGAUUCAGAUGGCACCACCGCAUGGUUACGUACAAACCCCUCAGGGUUUUAUGCCACCUUUUGGCGGAUAUUAUAUUACCAUGCCUAUAAAUCCAACGUGGGCUUCAUAUGCUGCUUAUUCGGCGGGUGGUGCUCCACCACAGACAUUUCCACCUCAGUAUGGAUCGCAGACAUCGAUGUCAAUGUUUUCACAAUUUUCGCAGUUCUCUAUGGGCGGUGGGAUGGUUAGUCAUACACUUUCAGGGUCCUUAUUCUAUACAGGUCCUACAUCGUCAUCCAUCCCUUAUCAACAAAAUGUAGCUGGUGACACUACUGCUGCUGCUGAUGAUGAUGAGAGUGAAGAGGAAGAGCAACCUAUAAGAAGAAAUCAUCAUCGAAAUAGACAAUCACCGUCCCGUGAAACACAUUCAAGAAAGAGACAUCGAUAGAAUUGUUUAA